AUGAAUUAAUUAUACCUAAAUGAUCUUCAUGUAAAUCAUGUUUAAUUGCAUUCUCCUAAUGGAGAACAAAGAAUAUUGUUUCAAGAUGCUUUAGGUCAAAUAAAAUUAAGACAGAUUAAUAUUUAAACUAGGUUGAAAGAAGUAAUGAUUUAAGCAGUACAGAAAUUAAGAAAGUAUACAAAAAUAAAGAAUCUAUCUCUGCUUAGUAAAUAAUAGUUAUAAGCUUUUAAUGAUGUUUCAAGUAGUUAUAGCUAGUAAUAAAAAAAGGAGAAAGAUUCAUCAUAAUUUGAAAAAUAGUACUAUUAAUACAAAUAACAGAAUGUUAGUUUAUAAGUAUUAGUCUCUAAUUUAAUGACAAUGGUUAAGCAUCGUAGUUUUAAUAGUAUAAAAGCAAGUCAUCCAAUGUUAAUUUUUUGGAGUUUCUUAAAAUUUCUUUUAGUUUUACAUUUAUGUUUUAUAUUUCCAUUGUCAGAUUCCUUUAAAUUCUAAUUAGAUGAAUUUAUAGAAAUAUAGAUGCCUAUAUUUUUUGUAGAGAUAGUUAUAUUGACAAUUGAUAUAAUAAUGAGAUUGAAUGUUUAGAUUUACAAUAAGGGAAUAUUGAUAACAUAGACAAGAAAGAUAAUAAUAUAAUAUUUUCGGAAGGAAUUCUUAAUUGAUUUUGGAGGAUUAUUAGGAUUAAUAAUAUUUUUAUUAUAUAGUUUUAGUCCUUUAAAAUAUUUAUUUAUUUUGAAAUUAAAAGAAUUAUCAACAUUUAUGGAGGUAUUUAAAUAUGAAAUAGAUCCAAAAGGUAAAUUUAAAAAUCAUUUAAAAUUAUUAAAACUUUUAAUUACAGUAGUAUUAUUAGCUCAUUGUUUUGCAUGUGUAUGGAUAGGAAUAGGAUAACAUUCAAUGGAUGAAAAUUGGAUAGAAUAGAGAGGUUUAUAAGAUUCUCAUUGGAUUUAAAUUUAUUUGACAGGAUUAUAUUUUGCAAUUACAACAAUGACAACAGUAGGUUAUGGUGAUAUAACUCCAAUAAAUUCAUAUGAAGUAUUAGUAAGUAUUUGUUUGACUUUAUUUUCUUCAUGUAUUUUCGCAUAUGUGUUUAAUACAAUAACUUCAAUAUUAAAAGAUUUGGAUGCAGAUAAAAGUAAGGUGAAACAUGAUUUAGAAAUAUUAAGUCAUUAUAUGAAAAAGAGAAAUAUUGAUUCAGAUCUUUAGAAGAGAGUUGAAAAGUAAUAAUAAAAAAAGAUUUAAUUUAAGUUAUCUCCGAUUAGUUUAUAAGCAUUAGCCAUCUACUUAAGAGAAGAAGAUCUUUAGUAAAUUAAGUCCCUAAUUGAAGUAAGAGUUGAAUGAAUAAGAUAAAGGAUUGUUAUUAUUGAAACAACCAGUACUUGUAAAUAACUUUUCAUUAAAAUUGUUAAGAGAAUUAAUUGAAAGUGUUUAAGAGAUUAAUUUAACACCUUAAGAGAGAGUACCUAAUGAUCCUGGAUUAUAUAUAUUAUUAAAAGGUAAUAUUAACAUUAUGUUUGGGGAAAGUAGAAGGAUUGUAGCAAAUUUAAAACCAGGAGAUGGUAUAGGUUUUAAAUCAUUGUUUAAUGAAUAGUAGAAUAGAAAAUUAAUUUUAAUAAGUGAAGGAUUUUCAACAAUUUAUUAUAUUUCUUCAGGAGAUUUCUUUAAAAAAUUAAAAGAUACUGAUUUAGAUUAAUUUUAUUAAAUUAAAGAUAGAGUUAUGAUUUAAAAUUUUGAUAAUUUAUUUUUAAAAUGUUUACUUUGCAGAAAAUAAGGUCAUGAGAUUUGUGAAGAUAUCUAUUUUAAUUUAAAUAGAGAAUUAAUUUUAGCUAAACAUUAAUAUUCAACUUAAUAAGAAAGAUAAAAAGCAUAUAUAAGAAAAAGAAAAGAAAAGAGUAAAGCCUUUCAUGAAUUAGAAUUUAGAAGAAGAAGUGCAAAUCUAUGUUAUUAGAGAACAAUCAAAACUAUGAAAAUGUAAGAAAAAGAAAGUGAUGAAGAAGAUGAAAACUCAAAAAAUGAUGAUAGUGAUGUAAGAUUUAUAUAAUAAACAAGAGUCUUAUGAUGAAUUAGAAUAAUCAAGACAUUAUUUAGAUGAAAAUAAAGAUUCCAUUUCUGUUUUCUUUGAUAAAUAAGCUACUCCUAAAUAAUAAAAUAAUAAACCUGAAUUUAAGAGUAUGAGAACUAAAAUCAAAGGUGCUUCAAUUGUUAGAAUGCUUUAAAAUUAUACUUCUUAAAAAGUAUGGCAUGAUGACUUUUUUAUCAUUAAUGAUUUUGAAAAGAUGAAAUAAUUUAGAAUGUAUUAUCCAACCUUUAAUUAUGAUUCAAUUAUUAAAGCAUAUAAUCAAUGGCGUAAAAAAACUAAUAAAACACUUUAUAAAACAUAACUUAAUUGA